ACAUUUCUCCCCCUUUCCAGAUCUCCCACCAAAUCUAAACUCCUUCCUUAACCGAUAUUUUAUAUAUUACAAACAUAAUCUACAGCACCUCCAGAUUACUAGGAAACUCACAUGAACUCUUUGUUUAAGCUUAAUUUCUUUUAACUAUGACUGCUACACUUACUAAGCUUCACUUAUGCCCUCAAUUACAAACCGCAGACCACUUUUGUUUCAAGGACCGUCAAAGAACCAGCUAUAAACCGGCUUUUUACCGCUCCGGUUUGGGAGUACAGAAAGGGGGUUAUGGUUUGUAUGUGCAGCCAUGCAGGUCUUUUAAGGGUGAUGAUGUGAAUGAAGACAAAGAUACAAAGGAAGAUGACAUGAAAUUGAAAAAGGAAUAUGGGUUUUGGAGUUCUUUGAAAGGUGUUGUUUUUGGGUUUGGUGAGUCUGAUUCACAGUCAAAUUAUGAUUAUAGCGAGGCUCUGGCUAAAGUCGAGGAGGUUUUUCAUUCGAUUGCCAUCCAAAUUGGGAGAUAUAUAGUGACUAUGAUGAGCACUGGGGUUAUACUUGCGGUGGGUUUUCAGUUGUCAGGUGGAGACAGUCAGAUGAAUGCUUUGGUUUGGUAUAGCUGGCUUGGCGGAAUCAUUAUUGGAACUAUGAUUGGUGCUAAUAUGGUUCUUGAUGAACACUGUCGAGCUGGACCAAGAAAUGUUGUCAUUACGGGAAGUACAAGAGGAUUAGGGAAAGCACUGGCUCGAGAAUUUCUUCUUUCUGGAGAUCGGGUGGUUGUUGCUUCUCGCAGCCCUGAGUCUGUAGAGUCAACUGUCAGAGAGCUUGAGGAGAACCUGAAGGAAGGUAUGACAGCUGUAGGUGGCUCAUCUCAGAAGAAUCUGGCACAUUCCAAGGUGGUUGGCAUAGCAUGUGAUGUUUGCCGACCAGAUGAUGUGCAAAAACUGGCAAAUUUUGCUGUCUGUGAACUUGGUUCUGUUGACAUAUGGAUCAAUAAUGCAGGCACUAAUAAGGGUUUUAGACCGUUACUGCAGUUUACUGAUGAAGAUAUUAACCAGAUUGUCUCAACAAACCUAGUAGGAUCCAUCCUCUGCACUCGAGAAGCCAUGCAUGUGAUGCUAAACCAGACCAAGGGGGGCCACAUAUUUAACAUGGAUGGGGCAGGUUCUGGGGGAUCUAGUACCCCUCUCACAGCUGUCUAUGGGUCCACCAAGUGUGGUCUUAGGCAGCUUCAAGCAUCACUUUUGAAGGAGUAUAAGCGGUCUAAAGUCGGAGUCCACACAGCAUCUCCAGGAAUGGUCCUUACAGAUUUACUCUUGAGUGGCUCAACCAUCAGGAACAAACAAAUGUUUAAUAUCAUUUGUGAGCUUCCUGAAACUGUGGCCAGAACUUUAGUUCCACGGAUGCGAGUUGUAAAGGGUUCAGGGAAGGCUAUAAAUUACCUGACCCCUCCUAGGAUAUUACUUGCUUUAGUCACUGCAUGGUUGCGACGAGGUCGAUGGUUUGAUGACCAGGGAAGGGCAUUGUAUGCUGCAGAAGCAGAUCGGCUUCGGAACUGGGCUGAGAAUCGAACUCAGUUUUCAUUUACAGAUGCAAUGGAGAUGUACACAGAGACCACCUGGGUAUCUGUGUUCUCUCUUUCUGUUGUUUGUGCCUUCAUAAUUCUCUCAAGCACCAGCAGCACAUUCCCAGGCACCUGAGUCUUAUUCAUGGCCCAUCAACAGCCAAUAUUUUUAGUGAAACCCCCCAAAAGAAGUAUAAUUGAAUCAGCUGGUAUAUAUGGUUAGACUUUAGGGACUUACAAAUGCCAUUUUACUUAAAAAUUCUUUGCUUCAAUGCUUGUAACGUGUAAUGCCUUCAAUGAAAGCAAAAUUUAUUUCGUUGACUCA